AUCAAAAACCUCGCGGUUUAAUUCGAGGUGCUCCCUGUGUGUCGAGCGGCCACAAAUGAAAUGUCUUCGGGCGUUUUUCAGUUGCUUUUUAUGCAGAGCUUCCUGUGGAACGCAGGAAUUGGAUGGACAAUCCCAAACCGGAAUUCCUCUCUCAAGGCUGACCUGCAAAACAAACUGUUAGGACAGCACAUCGCCUCACGCGUCAUCCUGAAAGCUGUGAGUGGAUUCAUGAGCAACGAGAACGCGAAGAAUCCCCUGCUGCUCUCUCUGCACGGACGGUCCGGCAUAGGGAUGAACUUUGUCAGCGAGCUGAUCGCUGAAAACAUUUUUAAGGAGGGAAUGGACAGCAGCUUCGUUCAUCUUUUCCUAGCCACAUUUCAUUUCCAGGAUAAAAAUAAAUUGGAGACCUAUAAGACACAGUUACAGCAGUGGAUCAAAGGCAAUGUCACCAACUGUGAACGCUCCAUGUUCAUCUUUGAAGAGAUGGACAAGAUGCAUCCUGGCUUGAUUGACAGCAUAAAGCCGUACCUGGGGUACCACAACAAGCUGGAUGGAGUUUCUUAUCGGAGAGCCAUCUUCAUCUUCCUCAGUAAUGCUGAAGCGGAUAUCAUCACACAGAAAGCUUUAGAGUUUGUGAGAGAGGGGCGAGAUCGAGAAGAGAUCGAGCUAGAAGAUCUGGAAACAUCACUCUCUGACUCAGCAUUUAACAACAUUGAAAGUGGCUUUUGGCACUCAACCUUGAUUGACGAGAACUUGGUGGACUUCUUCAUCCCGUUUCUGCCUCUGGAGUACCAACAUGUUGUUCAAUGCAUCAUGGCUGAGAUGAGAGCCAGAAAUCUUUGGCCAGACAAGAAGGUGGCAGACCAGGUGGCCAGAGACUUAAGAUAUAUCCCCAAAGUUGAGAGAGUGUUCUCAAUGAAAGGCUGCAAGACAAUAGCGAAAAGGUUGGACCACUACUUGUAAUUCCUGCAUGUGAUGAAUUCAUAUGAUUGUUACUUUUCUAACAUGUAAAAACGCUCUCAGACAGAUAACUGAGGAGAGGAAGUCCAGCUGUAUUAUCAUACCAUUAGCAAACUGGAGUGAACCUACCUGUAGUGUGUUUGUGAAACUGAUAAUACAUACAUUGUGUCUACAUAUGAGAAUGUUGAGUUAAAGAUGUUGAACUUUCAAGAUGAAUUCACAAGUGUUAAUUGGCUUCUGCAGCUUUCAGCUAAUACCAGUUCUGUUACUUUGCCUGAACAAUAACGACAAACCUGUCUUUGUCUAUAAAGCAUUA